AUUGCCAUCACAACACUCGUCCAUCUUGACUGCUUUUCUAUUCCAUUGAAUUCAUCACUCUGUCUUACUCACACCGUCUUUCUUCCUGCAGACCGUUUCUGAUUCCUUCUUGGGCCAGUCGUCCAUUCACUGCACUUACUUUUUCAUAUCAAACAUCGAGGAUUUCAACCCGACGCUGCUUGGCCAACUUGACUUCAUUCCGACCAACUGUUAUGUCUACACCCGCUGAAGAGCCCGGCAAGGCUUUUAAAAAAAGAGAUGCUCUGCUAGAACUUGAAGUCAAGGCUCAAGCUGGCUGGGAAGCCGCUAAAGUCUUUGAAAUCGAUGCGCCUGGACCAGAUGAACCGCUUGAUCCCAAAUACAUGGUCGCCUUUCCCUUUCCUUACAUGAAUGGCACUCUCCAUCUGGGCCAUGCCUUUUCUUUUUCAAAAACUGAAUUCGCUGUCGGCUAUGAGCGACUCAGAGGAAAACGUGCUCUGUUUCCAUUUGGGUUUCACUGCACUGGCAUGCCAAUCAAGGCAUGUGCUGAUAAACUCAAGCGCGAAGUUGAGCUAUUCGGUCUCGAGUUUGAAGGCUAUAACGAGGAAACAGAGGAACAGGAAACCUUUGAUCAUGUCGAGCCGGCUCUUGAUGUUGAAAAAAACAAUGAUCCUAGCAAGAUCAAGAAAAAGCACGCAAAACAGGCCGCCAAGUCAACUGGUCUCAAAUACCAAUUUCAAAUCAUGAGAUUCAUGGGUAUUCCAAACAAAGACAUUCAACAUUUUGUAGAUCCCUAUUUUUGGAUGUCGUAUUUUCCUCCCAUCGCAAUGACUGAUUUAAAACGUCUCGGUGCCCAUGUGGACUGGCGUCGUUCUUUCAUCACCACCGAUAUCAACCCUUAUUAUGAUUCGUUUAUUCGAUGGCAAUUUAACACUCUUCGUAGCUCGAAUCCCGCCAAGAUUCUGUUUGGUGAGAGAUACACUGUGUAUUCGCCUGUGGAUGGCCAGCCUUGUAUGGACCACGAUCGUGCAUCUGGCGAAGGUGUCGGCAUUCAGGAAUACACUGGUAUCAAGCUUAAAGUAAAGUUGGAGCAACUCAACAAGACACCAGUUGCUGAUCGAAGUCGUGCUCUCGGUGGUCGAACUCUUUAUCUUGUUGCUGCUACGUUCAGACCAGAAACCAUGUAUGGUCAAACCAACUGCUAUGUUGGUGUAGAUCUAGACUAUGGUGUUUUUGAAGUCAGCGAUACUGAGGCAUGGGUCUGUACAUAUCGUGCUGCUCGCAAUAUGACCUACCAGUCACUUUUCAAGGAAAAGGGGAAAAUUGUCAAGCUUGCCGAUCUUAAAGGCUGGGAUCUUGUUGGUCUUCCAUUGUCAUCUCCGCUUACUUCCUACGAGUGCUUGUAUACUCUUCCAAUGGAGGGUGUCCUUGCCAACAAGGGAACUGGUAUUGUUACCUCUGUGCCAUCGGAUUCUCCAGAUGAUUACAUUACCCUACUGGAUCUUGUCAAAAAAGCAUCCUACUAUCAUGUUCAGAAGGAAUGGAUCGAACCCUACUUACCACCCAAGCCCAUUAUCAGCACUCCUAACCUGGGCAACUUGCCUGCCGUCGCUGCUGUUGAAAAAUUCAAGAUCAAUAGUCAAAAAGACAAAAAGCAGCUUGCUGAUGCCAAAGAUGUAGUGUACAAGGAGGGAUUCUACAACGGUACCAUGAUGGUUGGUGCGUAUGCUGGAAAACCUGUGCAAGAGGCAAAACCCAUCAUUCGAACCCUGCUAAUCGAAAGCGGUGAUGCAUUUCCAUACUCUGAGCCUGAGAGCUUGAUCAUGAGUCGUAGUGGUGAUGAAUGUGUUGUAACGCUUGCUGCUCAAUGGUAUAUGAAUUAUGGUGAGGAUAGCUGGAAAGCUCUUGCCAAGGAAUGCUUAGAUAGCAUGAACACGUACACCGUCGAGGCACGUAAUGCAUUUGAGCAGACUCUGAAUUGGCUUGGCCAAUGGGCCUGUUCUCGCAGCUUUGGUCUUGGAAGUCGCUUACCUUGGGACAAGGAAUGGCUGAUUGAGUCCCUUUCUGACUCUACUAUUUAUAUGGCCUACUACACUGUCGCCCACAUGUUACAUGGUGGAACCCUCAAUGGUUCUCAGCCUGGACCUGCCAACAUUAAACCAGAGCAAAUGACAGAUGAGGUGUGGUCAUAUAUUUUCCUUAAAGGACCAAAGCCUGAAAAGUCGGAAAUCCCCAAUGAAACUCUCGAAAAAAUGCGUCGCGAGUUUGAGUACUUUUAUCCUCUCGAUCUUCGAUGCUCUGGAAAGGACUUGAUCAACAAUCAUUUGACGUUUUUCUUGUAUAAUCAUACUGCCAUUUUCCCAAAAGACAAAUGGCCACAGGCUGUUCGUGUGAAUGGGCACUUGCUUCUCAACAGUGAAAAAAUGGCCAAAUCUACUGGCAACUCUCUUUCUUUGAGCGAAUCUCUUGAAAAGUAUGGUGCAGAUGCUACUCGCUUUGCUCUUGCUGAUGCCGGAGAUGGUCUGGAAGAUGCAAACUUUGUUGAAAAAACUGCCGACGAUGCCAUUCUUAAACUUUAUACGGAAAAGGAAUGGAUUGAAGAGUCUGUUGCGCUGAUUUCCAAGGACAGUCUUCGCUCAGGUCUACUCACUUGGAACGACAAAGUGUUUGCCUCUGAGAUAGAUUAUGUUAUCAAUAAUGCUGAAAAGGCUUAUAGUGGCAUGAUGUACCGUGAUGCCUUGAAAUGCAGUUUCUAUGAUUUACAGCAUGCGCGUAACGAGUAUCGCAAAGCUACUACUGGUCAAGGAAUCAAUCUCGCCAAUUCGCACAAUGAAUCGUUUGAAGGCCUGCACAAGGACAUGAUUAUCCGCUUUAUUGAAGUUGAAGCUGUACUAAUGGCUCCUGUCACUCCACAUUGGUCUGAGCACAUUUGGUCAGAUGUUCUUAAAAAGUCAAAAUCGAUCAUGUUUGAAAAAUGGCCCAAAACAUCUCCAGUUGAUAUUGGUCUUCUUGCUGCUGCUUCGUAUGUUCGUGAACUUGGCUCCAAAAUCAGAUCUGCCGAUGACACAGCUGCCAAGAAGCGAUCUAAAAAGGGUGCCAAGUCUGAGCCUGUUGUUGAAUCGGACAAGCCUAAAAAACUUCAUCUCUAUAUUGCAAUUGAAUUUCCCGAAUGGCAAGAAAAGGUCGUGGCCAUUCUCCAGCAAACCUGGGACGAAGCCACUCAAAAGCUCAAUGGUCAGGAAAAGGAGAUCUUGGCCAAAGAAGGUCUUUUGCAAGAUAAACGCGUCAUGCCUUUUGUUGCUCUGAUCAAGAAAAAUGUCGAAGUUGCUGGAAAAAGUGCUAUGGAUCGCAAACUGCUAUUUUCUGAAAUGGAUACUCUUAACUUGAACCUCGACUUUCUCCGUCGUGACUUGAUUGUGAUGAAGAUUUCAGAAAUUCGUCUUUUGGCAAAGGAAACCCUUGUUGCUGGCGUGGAUGGCAUAGACGAAGAGGAUAUUAAAAAGGCCAGUGCUGCUUUACCUGGUAGUCCCACAUAUCGUGUGCUGUGAUCAUUUUAUCAUUUGAUUUAGUACACUAUGGGCGAGUUUCUAGAUCCUGUAGCGAUAUACUUUGUUUUCAAUAUGGGUCAUUGUUGCAAGAUUCAUUAUCAAUCAAUAAAGUCUAUCUUUUUCAAACAACUACGAUGACUGGAGUUGUAUCUACAACAGC